CUCGAGUCACUGAGUUGUAGUUAUCACCAGCCAGUAGGCAUUGAAGGAGGCUGCUACAAAUUGUCAGUGGUAGGUUGUUUGUAUAAAGAGAAUAAGUAUAGUAUAGGUGGUGCACUGCUGCAUGCCAUCCAUCUUUGACAGGGCACUGCCUCUCUCUAUUUCUCUCUGUGUAUCGUCUCUUUCAGAGAAAGAGAGCCAAAAAUAUUCUAAACUAGAAUCUGAGACUAAAAGAAAAAAGCACAGAGCAAGUGCCAAAACCACCCCACUAUUCACUACACACCAAAUCUCUCUCUAGAACUUGGGGUUAUAGUUGUUUAUUUAUAUUCCACGGCUGCAAAUUCCUAUACCAUCUCUGUGUUCGUUUGUGGUGCUUCUUGUGUGUUCUUUAUUAGGGGAUAUUUGAAGUACUUUUCCCUGCAAUUAUUUUAAAAUCAAAGGCAAGUUUUCCUUGGCUUCUUUGAACUGGGGAGGGUGUCAAUCCAUCUGGGUCAUCUUUAUUUUGCUUUAAAAAAUGGAGAUUUUGUAAGGAACCCAUUAUGGAUCUUGAAGGUGUUAUCCAAGGAAACCCAAUUAAGAGAGAUUCAUGGAAGACGGUGUUAACUUUGGCUUAUCAAAGUCUGGGUGUUGUUUAUGGGGAUUUAAGCACUUCUCCUUUGUAUGUGUUCAAAAGCACUUUUGCAGAGGAUAUUCAGCACUCAGAGACUAAUGAGGAGAUAUUUGGGGUUUUAUCUUUUAUCUUUUGGACAUUGACGCUUAUCCCACUCGUGAAAUAUGUGUUUAUUGUGCUUAGAGCUGAUGAUAAUGGCGAAGGUGGGACGUUUGCCCUGUAUUCUCUGCUUUGCCGCCAUGCCCGGGUUAGUUCCUUACCCAAUUGUCAGCUGGCUGAUGAGGAGCUGUCAGAGUACAAGAAAGACGAGGUUGUUUCAAAUGCUAGCCGUGAUAUUGGGUCUAGCUUGAAAUCGACUUUUGAGAAAUGUAGAGUAUUACGAAAGGUGUUGCUUGUGUUGGCUUUAAUUGGGACUUGUAUGGUAAUUGGUGAUGGGGUUCUUACACCUGCAAUUUCUGUUUUUUCGGCCGUGUCUGGUCUGGAGCUUUCCAUGUCAAAAGAGCAGCAUCAGUAUGUUGAAGUUCCAGUUGCUUGCGCCAUAUUGGUUUUAUUGUUUGCCAUUCAACAUUUUGGGACUCACCGGGUGGGGUUCCUUUUUGCACCUGUGGUGAUUACAUGGCUCUUGUGCGUCAGUGCUAUAGGGCUAUAUAACAUUGUACACUGGAACCCCCAAGUUUACCAAGCACUCUCUCCCUAUUACAUGUACAAAUUUUUGAAGAAGACCCAGAGAAGAGGAUGGAUGUCCUUGGGUGGUAUCCUUCUGUGCAUAACAGGCUCAGAGGCAAUGUUUGCUGAUCUUGGACACUUUUCGCAGUUGUCAAUCAAGAUUGCUUUCACAUUUGUGGUUUACCCAUCCUUAAUUCUGGCAUAUAUGGGACAAGCUGCCUAUCUUUCCAAACAUCAUAUCAUUGAAAGUGACUAUCAAAUCGGAUUUUAUGUAUCUGUACCUGAGAAAAUAAGAUGGCCAAUUCUGGCAAUAGCCAUACUUGCAGCUGUGGUGGGAAGUCAAGCUGUCAUCACUGGAACUUUCUCAGUUAUCAAACAAUGUUCUGCGUUGAGUUGCUUUCCAAGGGUCAAAAUUGUCCACACCUCAUCUAAAAUGCACGGCCAGAUUUAUAUUCCAGAGAUCAACUGGACUUUAAUGUUGCUAUGUCUGGCCGUUACUGUUGGCUUUAGGGACACAAAACACUUGGGCAAUGCAGCAGGUUUGGCAGUUAUAACUGUGAUGCUGGUAACGACCUGCCUAAUGUCUCUAGUUAUUGUGUUUUGCUGGCACAAAAGUAUUUUCCUGGCCCUUUGUUUCAUAUUCUUUUUCGGAUCGAUUGAAGCACUCUAUUUCUCAGCUUCCCUCAUUAAGUUCCUCGAAGGGGCCUGGGUGCCAAUUGCCCUUUCACUUAUUUUAUUUAUAGUGAUGUGCGUUUGGCACUAUGGCACGAUCAAGAAGUAUGAGUUUGACGUUCAAAACAAGGUCUCUGUCAACUGGAUCCUUAGCCUAGGUCCCAGUCUGGGGAUUGUCAGGGUUCGGGGUAUUGGCCUAUUACACACUGAGCUUGUUUCCGGCAUCCCAGCUAUAUUUUCACACUUCGUCACCAACUUGCCAGCUUUCCACCAGGUUGUAGUCUUUCUUUGUGUCAAAUCUGUCCCAGUGCCACAUGUCAGACCUGAGGAGAGGUUCCUUGUGGGAAGAGUUGGUCCUAGAGAGUACCGGCUUUACAGAUGCAUAGCACGAUAUGGAUAUCGUGACAUUCAUAAGGACGAUAUGGAGUUUGAGAAAGACCUCGUUUGUAGUAUUGCAGAGUUUAUCAGGUCUGAACAUCCUGAAUGUAAUAUCAGCGUAGAGGACGUUGGAGAUGAUGGAAGGAUGACGGUCGUCGGGACUUCAUCAUCGAAUUUCGAAGGGAUCAGAAUGUGUGAAGAUGAUGCUGAGGUUUCUGAAACAGGCGCUUCAGAACUGAGGGAGAUAAAGUCCCCAGAAAUCGGAAGGAAAAGAGUGAGAUUUCUUGUGCCGCAGAGUCCACAGGUUGAUAUACAGGCACGAGAAGAGCUGCGGGAACUGAUGGAAGCAAGGGAAGCUGGACUGGCUUUUAUACUUGGACACUCGUACGUCAGAACGAAGCGGGGAUCGAGUUUGAUGAAGAAAAUCAUAAUCAAUUUUGGGUAUGAUUUCUUGAGGAGAAACUGCAGAGGACCAAAUUAUGCUUUGAGCAUUCCUCAUGCAUCUACUCUUGAGGUGGGAAUGAUCUACCAUGUUUAACUUGGGACUUUGUGUAUCAAGAUAGCUACAUGUAUAUGAUAGAUCAGAGCUAAUGCACCUUGAUAGCCUCUGUGAUUUUGUAGAGCUACCACCAGGUAUGUAUUUAAGGCAAACCAAAUCUCCAUGGUCAUUAUACAUACAUGUUCAAAGAAGCAAUUAUAUAAGCAUGGGUGUAUAGUUGCUCUUUCUUGCAAA